AUGAUCUUUCAGAAAAUCAGUUUUAUUAUCUUCACUAAUUUAUUGAAACAGAUAGUGGAAGCCGAGACAACAAAUGCCAUGAGCAUCUACAAAUCUGAAGUUGGUGAUUCUCGAAUGAGAAAAAAAGUUUUUUUUUUAAAGGUUCCAAUAGAGGAAUUCGAGAACGAUGAAAGAGCUGUGAAAAUAGGAGAAAAGGGGUACAUAUUACUGCAAAAUUGGAACGAUCAAGGCGUUUCCGGUGUUUUAUGGGAAUCGGUGAGUUCGAAUUCGAAUAAGAAAGGGUUUGGUUCAAAAGUAAAAGAGACGACUGUGUUUAGGCUGUCGUGUUGGCGCAAUACUUACACCAAAGCAGGGGAUUGGUAAAAGGAAAGAGAAUAUUGGAACUCGGCGCCGGUCUGGGACUUCCGUCGAUGGUCGUCUUGGACGGCGGCGCCUUCCACGUCUUCGCUACGGACCAAAUGUUCGCAUUGCCAAGACUCCGCCAGAACGUUCAGACCAACCUUUCCCCUGAAAUUCAAAGACAUUGCGAUAUAACUUGUUUGGACUGGUUUCAUCCGGAAAACUCGACGGGUUUCUUUUUCUUCGUUUCUUUCAUUUCAAUGUCUUUUUUGACCAGAAAAAAAACACUGUAAACGGCUCCUUGUCUCGAAAUUUCCAUUUUCUCUUUUGAAAACAAUGAUUUUCAGUCUCAUUUUUAUUGAUUUGACUUUUGAAUUUCCGAAGUAAAUUUAAAUUUUCUUGAUUAUAGCUGCAAAUUGUUAAAAACCCAAAAUAUUGAAACUACUCAUUUAAAUAUUUUUCUUCUCUUCCUCAUUUUACCUUUGAGUUCAGAUCGAAUACAAGACGUCGAGGUCAUCAUUGGAGCAGACUUGGUCUACAACCGCGAGCUUUUCGAUCCAUUGCGACGAACUCUUCUCGCAUUUUCUACAAAGAAAACUGUCAUUUUCUUCGCCAGCAAACUUCGUUACCCCAAGGACCGUCGUUUCUAUUCCAAGUUAUCGGGCGAUUUCCAAGUCGAGCAAGUAUUUUCUGAGAAAGAUAUCGUUAUAUUCAAAAUGCUCAGGAAUUAG